ACAAAACACAAGAAGAAGAGGAUACACAGCACAUGGGGAAGAGGGACGGAUCGUGGACUAUCAGCAUGGAUCUAUGAUUAUGGAUCUAUGAUUAUGGAUCUGUGAUUAUGGGUCUAUAAAAAUGGGUCUACGGGAAAGAGCGGGUCAAAGUAGCUGCUGUAAUGUCCGUGGUGGCCCAGGGCGCUUGGGGCUGGGUGUUGGAUCCGCGCUCCCUCUUCUCUCAGAGCUACUCCCGCUGCAUCCGAUGGACAGAAGGAGGACAGAAGACAGUCGUCACGUGUAGCUUUAAAAGUCAGUGUUUUCAAACUGUGCAAAGUCAUGUGAGCAAGAAAUGUGAAGCUGGGGGCGUGACCUGCACUAAACACGAUAAGAAGAGGAAGCGGAAAUGCACAAAACUCAACCAAGGGGAAAUUGAUAUCAAAGCUUUUCAUGAUAAGGUUAGGUCGGUUAUACUGGAGGGCACUCUAGCUUUGGUGGAGUCAGCCAGAGCAUGUGGCUAUCUGAACACCACUGAAGAAUUUACACAAGAUCCUGUUACUUUCCCUGAAUGUGGCCUAAGUGAUCUGUGUGAAAUGGCUAAACAGAUCCCUCUUGUGGACAUGGAGAAACAGGACACUAGUGCUCAGGCACUUGAAGGAAGCUCUACAUUUCAUCUGGAUUUGUUCUCACGGGUGACAGAGAACAGGUCAGACUCUGCUGCGGUGGUGACCCUGUUGGGAGAUGAAUAUGUGAUACCAGCCCAGUCGGCUUUCCUGCUUUCAGACUUUACCAGAGUUCAACCACUUGUGGGCUAUGGAGCAAAGUUUGACUUAGUAGUCAUUGAUCCACCAUGGGAAAACAAAUCUGUUAAAAGAAGUAGGAGGUACAAUGCUUUGCCGUCAUCUCAGUUGAAAAAGUUGCCUAUUUCUCUUUUGGCAUCCUCAGACUGUCUAGUAGUCACGUGGGUAACAAACCGGCCAAGCCACCUGCGAUUUGUCUGUGAUGAGCUCUACCCACACUGGGGUGUAGAGGUCAUGGCUGAAUGGUUGUGGGUUAAGGUCACCACAUCAGGACAGUUUGUUUUUCCACUAGAUUCAGAGCACAAAAAGCCAUAUGAAAUCUUGGUUCUUGGACGAUUCAUCUCUACUGUAAAUAGAUCAGAAGGUAGUUCGAGUGAAUCAAUAUCAAUAGAGGAUCAUCGUUUAAUAGUCAGUGUGCCAUCAACUCUCCACUCCCAAAAGCCUCAGCUUUCAGAGCUACUGAAGCCCUACAUCAGACCCAAUGCCAAGUGUUUGGAGCUUUUUGCUCGAAAUCUUCACCCGGGAUGGACCAGCUGGGGAAAUGAGGUGCUUAAAUUCCAACAUGCGAGCUAUUUCACCAUGACACCUGCAGACGACGAUGUCAACUACCCCUAAUAAUGGCCUCCACUGCAUUUUUUAACCUGUUUCAGAAAAAAACAAAACAAAUGUCUACAUGAAUUCCUUUUGAUAUGCACUGCUUAACUGAAUAUGUGCUUUGAUUUCUGUUUGGGUUCAGCAUACAUUCUUAAGGUACACGCUGAUGAUGCAGUUGACAAGAUGAAAGCUCAUAUAUUGUGCAUGUGUGUUUUGAACCCAACUUUUCCACUUGCAGUCAGUCAGAUAAACAACAUUUCGCUUCAUUCCUCUGGAGUAAUCUUUGGCACAAUAUGUGUCUUAAAGAUGAUCAAAGUAUUACUAUUUUUACUACUGGCUGUGGACAGAAUUUUAAGUGUUUUCUUAUAAAAAAUAAAUUGUUUUAAGAAUGAA